AUGCUACGAACCGAACCCAACAUCGUCGUAACAGGAACGCCUGGCGUGGGCAAAACAACCCUCAGCGAAGAACUCGCCAGCAAAACCGGCCUGCACCACCUCUCCAUCAACGAAGUGGUGAAGAAGCACGACAUCGGCGAAUCCUCGACCGACCCCGACGACCCCAACACCAAAAUCGUUGACGAAGACCGUCUGCUCGACGUCAUCGAAAACGACCUGCAAGAAGGCGGGCAGAUCGUCGACUGGCACGCCUGCGACCUCUUCCCGCCCUCGCUCAUCGACCUCGUGUGCGUCAUUCGCUGCGACAACAAGCUGCUGUAUGAUCGGCUGAAGGGCCGGGGGUACGGGGAGAAGAAGCUGCAGGAGAAUUUGGAUUGUGAGAUUAUGGAGGUGUUGUUGCAGGAGGCGCGGGAUGCGUAUGAGGAGGGGGUGGUGGUGGAGUUGAAGAGCGAGAAGACGGAGGAUGUGGAUGAGAGUGUGGAGCGGAUUGAGCAGUGGAUUCGGAAUUGGAAGAAGGAUAAUGGGAAGGAGGGCGGGGAUGUCAAGGCGCAGGGGAAGAAGGACGAGGAUGAUCCCAUGUUCUUGCAUGGUUGA